AUCCAUUUCCCCUUUAUAUAAAUCAAAACAUUUCUACCAACAGAUUAGAUAAAACCUAGAUUUGAUCUAAGCUCUCUCUUCUCUUCCUCUCUCUCUCUCAACUCACCAGAGCAAUUCCAUGGCGGGUAAGAGGCUAUUUCAAGAUCUAGAAUCCGAUAAGGGAAACAAAACUGAGAAACAGAUGAAAGCUCUACCAUCCUUAGCCUCCGUGGUUGGGGAUUUGAUUACAGAGAACACCAUGAAGAGAUUUUCUUCAGCCCUAGAACCACUUCUUAGAAAAGUUGUAAGGCAAGAAAUGGAACAUGGAAUAAAUAAAAGACUUCGAUCAUUUUCUCGGUCAUCGUCGUUUCGGGUCGAAGCUCCGGAGACUCCGAAAUUAAAGCUAAUGUUCCGUAAGAACUUAAUGACACCAAUAUUCACCGGAAGUAAAAUCAGUGACGUGGACAACAAUCCACUUGAGGUCAUCCUUGUCGAUGAUUCAGACAAUGAUUAUUCGUUCGCCCCGGUGAAUCUCGACCGUCCGAUCAGACUAGACAUCGUUGCUCUUCACGGAGAUUUUCCUUCGGAUGAUAAAUGGAGUAGUGAUGAGUUUGAGCGUAACAUCGUCAAAGAAAGGGAUGGCAAACGGCCGUUACUUGCCGGAGAAGUAAACGUAACGGUGAGAAAUGGCGUUGGAACGAUCGGAGAAAUUGAGUUCACAGAUAACUCGAGCUGGAUUCGCAGCCGCAAGUUUAGAAUCGGAUUAAAAGUAGCGAAAGGGAGUAGCGGUCAAGGCGUUGCGGUUUGUGAAGCGAUGACUGAGGCGUUUGUUGUUAGAGAUCAUCGUGGCGAAUUGUACAAGAAACAUUACCCACCAAUGUUAGAAGACGAAGUGUGGCGGCUAGAGAAGAUAGGCAAAGAUGGGGCCUUUCACAAGAAGCUCUCUUCUGAAAACAUCAACAACGUACAAGACUUUUUGAAGUUAUCCGUCGUUGACCUCGACAAACUCCGUCAGAUUAUGGGAGGAAUGUCUGAUAAAAUGUGGGAAGCCACAUUGAAACAUGCUAGAGAGUGUACUUUGGGAAAUAAGUUAUACAUUCACAGAGGACCGGAUUUUCUAUUGACCUUGAAUCCGAUUUGCGAAGUUUUGGAAGCAGUGAUCAACGGUCAGAUUUUUUCCAGCCGAGAAGCACUGAAUCAGCUCCCUAUCAAGAGUUUAGUUCGACAAGCUUACUCAAAGUGGAAUUUAUUAAAAGUGUUCGAAAGAAAAACGAACGAGAUUCCUCUUUUGACACAAGGUGAUAUUUUGGACCAACAACAAUAUGGUGGUAACCAUUACCACAACAUCGAAAUCAGUAGAGCGUAUCAACAAAACGGAUAUGCUCCAGAGAGAUCUACGAACAAUUUGGAGAUGAUAAACGAAGGGUAUAUUACGUCGAAUCCAAUGGAAUUCGGUAUAUGUUUCAAUAUUACUGGAUCUUCGUCUCAAAAUCAUAUAAACCCUUUCGAAAAUCCUCAUCUACGUUAGUAUUGGAAUACAAAGCUGAACUUGCGCCUUGAUCGAUGAUUAGACUCUUUUCAAAUAAGGGUUUACUUUACCACUUGGUAAGAAAAACAUGUAUAAUAUAUAUAUUUGUGAAUCAUUGUUGUAGAUAGAUGUGUAACAUAUAUAUACAAAGAGUAAUAUUUUCAGCUGAAUGGUUAAUACCCAUUUGUUUACAUUUUCAUGUGUUGAAAAUGUAAUUUUUACUGUUUUUUUUAACAUUCAAAGUCUUAAUCAAUUUUUUUUAAUUAAA